AUGGAGGAGACGAUUUCUUUCAAGAGUCUUCAUAGCAGAGAUUACCAAGGUCACAAGAAGAAGGUACAUUCGGUGGCUUGGAAUUCUAAUGGGACCAAGCUUGCUUCGGGCUCUGUUGAUCAAACGGCUCGUAUUUGGAAUAUCGAACCUCACGGUCAUAGUAAGGUUAAGGACCUUGAACUAAAGGGACAUACUGAUAGUGUGGAUCAGCUAUGUUGGGACCCUAAACAUUCAGAUCAGGUUGCUACUGCUUCUGGUGAUAAGAGCGUUCGUCUCUGGGAUACUCGCAGUGGAAAAUGCACACAGCAGGCAGAGCUUAGUGGGGAAAAUAUAAACAUCACCUACAAACCUGACGGGACACAUGUAGCUGUUGGUAAUAGGGAUGAUGAGCUUACCAUUCUGGAUGUUCGUAAGUUUAAGAUUCUACACAAGCGCAAAUUCAGCUAUGAGGUGAAUGAGAUUGCUUGGAACAUGUCAGGGGAUCAAUUCUUCUUGACUACUGGACUUGGCACUGUUGAAGUUCUUGCAUAUCCAUCUCUUAAACCACUUGACACUCUCACAGCCCACACAGCCGGGUGCUAUUGCAUUGCAACUGAUCCUAAAGGAAGAUACUUUGCUGUUGGGAGUGCGGAUUCCUUAGUCAGCCUUUGGGAUAUGUCAGACAUGCUUUGUUUGAGAACAUUUACCAAACUUGAGUCCCCCGUCAGGACAAUAAGCUUCAACCAUACAGGAGAAUAUAUUGCUUCAGCCAGUGAGGAUUUAUUUAUAGAUAUUGCUAAUGUCCAAACCGGGAGGACGGUGCAUCAGGUUCCAUGUCGGGCUGCCAUGAACAGCGUCGAGUGGAAUCCCAGAUACAAUUUACUUGCAUAUGCAGGUGACGACAAGAAGUCUCGUGAUAUUGAGGAAGGUGUUUUCCGGAUAUUUGGUUUUGAUAGCUCGUAG